UGGCGCAGACCGAAGUGCGCUGUCUGAGCCGAUCAUAGCGGUCUGAAAUUCGGAUUUGGGAAACCCGAGCUACAGUGUACUGUACCCGAGCUUACAGCAAGAUUCACCGUACGUCUCUGGUGUAAGCUCUCUUUCCUCACGAAGUUCAGGACCCUUUGUGCGUGCAUCUUGAAGCGCGAGCGUGAAACUGCAGCGCAAAAUGCAGCAGGGGCAGGCUCUUUUCGCGCCUAUCGUUGCGAUCUAGGAGUUGUUACCAAAAGUUGUGACGGAUACUCGGCGUUGCGCCGUAGAAGUGUGCAGCCUCCUGGGCUGUGAGCUGCACCCUUUUACUGCAGAAGAGGCGCCCGAGCGUGCGCGGUUGUCCCAGCGGCGAGCGAAGCGGAUGGACACCUCCGUCGAGUGAACAGAGCUUCGUGCUGCACUUCGACUUGUGGUUCCAGUGCGCGCAUGAGGACGGCUCCUGGGUGCAUGUGACCGGUGAACGGACGCUCAAACCGGGCGCCGUGCCUACCUGUUAACCGCGGCGGGGAGACGCUUCAGGUGAGUGGGUCGUCACAAAGCUCGGAUGCAAAACUUUCCUCACUACACGCGAUAUCUCGGUGGAAAAAUGAAACAAUUGGGCCCUACUAACGUUUGUGCCCGGUCAAGCUUUUGUCGUUGAAGACGCUGGAGUUCGCACUGGCUGUGUGCAGGUGUUAUUCGCCGUCCAGACCCAACUCUGCAACCUUGAUCAAGAAGCAGUAAAAAUUGCGCUUCUCAGCUUUUGCAACAACGUGUUGUCUUGGUCCUUGGGCAAGCCUCGAACCUGUCGUUCUGUUGCCAAGUAGCGCUGGCCAGCUGCGUCAACAAGGCGAUGGAGAGGAUGGUCUUUACAUGCUUGGAGUGGUAUCUGCGAAUAGGCACUGCGAUCUAGAAAAUUAUAGCGUGUAUAGAGGUAACGGCAGGAUUUUGACGCGGACGUUCAUCGAUAGUGUUAUUCAUCUUUUGACAUAUGUAUAACACGAAAGACACCUGAGAAGACACGCUGUGGCUUUAUACCUUGUUGUCAAAGGGGUCUAUGACAAUGUAGCUCGUCAGGCAAUUCCGGGUGUCUUGGAAUCUGUGGGAACCGACUGGCAUGCAUUUUGCUGGAGACACAGCUGUCUAAGCAAAAUAUAUUUCCUUAUCCUGACUGAAGAUGGGCCAUUAUUGACCCUUUUCACAAAGCAGUUUAUUCUAGAAGAACGAGGUGGCGCUUUCGGAGGCGCGCCAUUGCUUGCCUCAGGCGCAAUUGCGCUCGAAUGCGAAACCGUAUCCACUGCUACCUUGCUACCGUGCGAUCAGCUCUCGGAUCGCUAAUGCACUGUGCUCCGUUCAAGCUGCGAAGUAUGGAAUGGUAGAGGGAAGACGUGUGCCGUAGUUGUCUGCAAGAACAACAACUGGAACAUAAAAAUAUGAAAUGAAGCUGUGUGCGAAGUUCACGGACCGCUACUACACAAGGACUGCCCAUGUUGCUGACCCUUCGCGAUGCACGGCUUCCCACAAGGAUUAAAAAAUGCAGUUGUCCGCCAGCGUUGAAUCGCAAAUCUUCAAUGAAAAAACUUCAACCCCGGAACGUCGGCAAGAGUGUGUUUGGUCCAUUUUGUUGAUGGACGUCCCACGAAAAAUAACCCAUACCCAACACUGCACCUUGGAACACUGGAAUGGAGCAAGCGGAUCUAUCAUGACUUCUGUGUAUCCACCUCCAGGGUACUAAAACAGAUCCUAAUCUAUCCAAGAGCAGAGCUGGAGAGGUCACGUGACCCGCUCGGCGGGAGGAGAGGAGCCGACCAAUCAGAGUGCGCACCGGGGAGGAGGAGGACAGGCGCCGGGGUGUAAUAGCAGGUGUUUGCUCCGCGCGCUCUUCGCACGAUGGACGCCGCUCGACACAAGCGGCAGCGACGACGUCGAGCCAACAAUCCCGAGCUUCAAGAGAGGGAGGCCGAGCAGAGGCUGCAGCAGCGACGUGGUGCGGGUGUGCUCUGGUUCCAUGGCAAGUGACAAUGGUGGACAUCACACUCACGUUUCUGACGUACCUCCAGACACAGUGGCUGCUCCAGAAGUGCUGCCAAAGAGGUGCCCAUGUGGACAAUUGAUCGGCAUGGAUGCGUCCACCCAGGCAACAUUUCGGAAAGUAUGCAGGGAGGUGUCCGUCCAGUGCAGCUUACAACGAAUGCCCCCUCUACCUCUCCCAACUGAAGUGUGCUCUGAAGACACACGAACGUCGAACUUGAAAGCGAAAAUGACUGCCUCUGGCAACGGCGUGCGGGAUCCGAAACAUUGCAGAUUUCGCGAGUCUGCUGCAUCUGCAGUUGAUUUUAUCGACGACUCGAGCAGCAGUGAGUCCGUAGAUGCUGACUUUUCAUCUGACUUGGAUUCUGAGAGUGAUGAUGACGGAAACCAGCCUGGAACAUCGGCUGCUGCACCCCGCCGAAGAUUUCGUUUUUCCCACCUAAAACGCGGUGCUCUCGGCUGUGCGCCCUUCGGCUUGGGACCCGUGGCGCCAUGUACCAUAUCCGGCAAUAAGCGGAGUAACAAGAGUGCCAGUUUCAAGAUUGACGCCAGCGCCUUCUACGGUGAAUCAGACUUACGAAAUCAUGCCAGAAAUAGGAUAAGGCUCGAGGACAGUGCGGCUGAAAGGAUGUUAGCAAAAAUUGGAGACGGAAACACAUCAGACAUCAGCCUCUCUGAUGAUGAAAAGGCGGACGUUCGACCCGAACUUCAAAUCGACUAUGCAGAUGCUGAGCCAGGGUCUUCUGCUGCGACACAGCCAGCUGCCACACCCCCUGAAGACGAGGAGGAGAAGGAAAGUGACAAAAAUAGAAAGAAGACAGCUUGGAGAGCUGGGAAUUUUGUGGCUCCAGACACAAGUUUUCAGCCCGCACCAAGCGUCUUAAACACAGUACUGGAACCGUGCGAGUACUUCUCCAGGUACUUCAACGAAGAAAUGUUCGAGGAAUUCGCACGCUGCACAAAUCUGUGUGCUUUACAAAGCAAUGGGAUACUUCUGAAAACUACGGCCAACGAAAUGAAGACAUUCUUUGGAAUGCUCAUGAUAAUGGGCACACUAAAGUUUCCUAGAAUCGGGAUGUAUUGGCAGGCCGCUACGAAGAUUCCUAGCGUUUCAGAAGCCAUGCCUGUCAACCGCUUUUUCAAGUUGCGGUCUGCCUUACAUAUCACAGAGCCAACCCCGCCACCUUUGCCCACGGGAAAGUUUUGGAAGGUACAGCCAGUCAUAGAUGCUGUGAGGCGCAGGUGCCAGGAGCUACCACCAGUAGAAAUAAACUGCAUAGACGAACAGAUGAUCCCUUUUACUGGUCACGUUGCUGCAAAGCAGUUCAUGAAAAACAAGCCAAACCCGGAAGGCAUCAAGUUGUUUAUCAGAUGCAGCUCUGAUGGUGUCGCUCAUGAUUUUGAGCUGUAUCAAGGAAAAGGCACCGGUACCUCUCUGGAGCACAAGCACCUAGGGCUGGGGGGCUCCAUUGUAAUGAGGUUGAUUAAAAACCUCCCAAAGUUGAUGAAUUUUAAAUGCUACUUUGACAACUACUUCACUUCAAUUGGGCUCCUUCGAGAAUUGAAGGCACUUGGUAUCUGGGCCACUGGCACCAUUAGGGCAAAUAGACUUCAAGGCUGCCCGCUUAAAACUGACAAGCAAUUAAAACAGGAAGGGCGGGGAAGUUUCGAUGCAAAAGUGACGGAGGAAGGAGACGUCACAGUUGUGCGCUGGCAGGACAACGGUGUUGUCAACGUAGCAUCAACCUUUGUGGGCGUAGGGCAACCUUCAAACGUCAGACGAUGGAGUGAUUCGUCAAAAAAACAUGUGGACAUAGAAUACCCUGAGCUAAUCCAAAGAUACAACGCCUCCAUGGGCGGAGUCGACAAAAUGGAUUUUUCGCUGUCAUUGUAUCCGAUUAGGCAAAGAACAAACAAGUGGCCCGUACUUGUAAUUUCGCACUUCGUUUCAUUUGCCGUCAUAAACAGCUGGCAGGAGUACUUGCAGGAUGCCAAUGCCAAUUGUUUUGCACGUAGUAACGUGAUGGACCUGCUGACUUUUCAGAACAACAUUGGACUCUCUCUGAUCUUGUUGAAGAAGCCUACCAUAAGAAAGCGGGGCCGUCCAUCUGUCACUGAGACCAGGGAGCCACCGAGGAAGGUUCACAAUACGGAACCGCGACCAAUAAAUGCCAUCCGGUAUGACAGCAUUGAUCACUGGCCGGCCCACGCGACUCACAGCUUUGCACAGCGCUGCAAGAUGGAAGGGUGCACGACAAGAACCCGCAUACGAUGCCGGAAGUGCAACGUGUUUCUUUGCCUGUCUGCAACAAACGACUGCUUUUAUAACUUUCACAACCAGUAGAAGCACAAGACAGUAGCAGAUUGAUAGAACGGGACAGGAGAUUUUGUCCAAAAUAAGUUGCUACAAGUGUUUCAAUA